AAAGAAAGACAGACGGCAGGCAGAGCGACGUCUCUCGGCUGGGAAAUGAAAGUCAAGCCUCCCCCCUCCUCCUCAUGUGUGGUGGGGGAAGAGGGCAGGGCGGGGGCUGGCCGGCUGCUGCCGCCCCACGCGGCGCCCGGGCUGGCGGCGCCCCCGGCGGGCUCCCCGUGCACUCCGUGCACUCCUUGUCAUGUUUGUGGUUUGGGACGAGAAGGCGAGUCCGUGCGCCAAGAAAAGCCGAGCGCCCUCGCGCCCCGUCGCAGAGCUCGGACAGCGCGGGCACCAGGCACCGGCUCCCGCUAACUACGCCCAGGCGCUGCAUUGCUCGCAGCUCAUUGGAGCGAGCGAGACGGGGCCAGAGCUGCCCGACCAGACCCAAGCCGAGGCACGGACGGAGCAGACACAGGCCAGAGCCCCCCAGCAGCCUCCAGCCCGCGAAGCGCCGCUCGCCACCAGGGGCAGAGUGCACAGCCUGCACACCUCGUCGCAGCCCAAGGCAAGGCGACCAAGCCCCUGCUGCCCGCCCGCCCGCCCGUCCUCUGGCCAGCGAGCCAGCCGCGCUCACAGGCUCCCUCUCCUCCUUCCCAGCCGGUGGCUCCACAGCGCGAUGGGCAAAAGGACCGUGCAGAUGCUGCUGCUGCUGCUCUUGGGGCUGCUGCACUGGGGCCCCGGCGGGGAGGGCAGGAAGAGCUGGAGGCGGCGUGGACAGCAGCAGCAGCAGCAGCAACCCGCGGCAGCUCGAGAGCGGAGCGAGGCGGCUGGGCAGCCGGUGGAGAGCUUCCCAUUGGACUUUACCGCUGUGGAGGGCAACAUGGACAGUUUUAUGGCUCAGAUCAAGAGCCUGGCGCAGUCGCUCUACCCUUGCUCGGCUCAGAAUCUGCACCAGGAGCUGAGGCUCCAUAUGCUGCUCAACAGUUCGGCCACCUGCAACGACGGCAGCCCUGCCGGCUACUACCUCAAAGAAUCAAAAGGCAGUAGAAGGUGGCUGCUAUUCCUGGAAGGAGGAUGGUACUGCUUCAGUAGAGAGAACUGCAACACUCGCUAUGAAACAAUGAGGAGACUUAUGAGCUCCAAAGAGUGGCCUGUUACUAGAACAGGAACUGGCAUUCUGUCAUCACAACCAGAGGAAAACCCACACUGGUGGAAUGCAAAUAUGAUUUUCAUCCCAUAUUGCUCAAGUGAUGUCUGGAGCGGAGCCUCUGCCAAGACUGAGAAAAAUGAAUUUGUCUUCAUGGGAGCCCUCAUCAUACAAGAAGUUGUAAAAGAGUUGGUGGGAAAAGGCCUUGGGAAUGCGAAGGUGCUGCUACUGGCAGGAACCAGUGCUGGUGGAACAGGGGUUCUCCUGAACGUGGAUCGAGUAGCAGAGCAGCUGGAAGAGAUGGGUUAUCCUGGGAUUCAGGUCCGUGGCCUGGCAGACUCUGGCUGGUUCUUGGAUAAUAAACAAUAUCGCAGAACAGACUGCAUUGAUACCAUAACCUGUGCCCCCACAGAAGCCAUCAGAAGAGGAAUUAGGUAUUGGAAUGGACUUGUUCCUGAACGCUGCAAAAUGCAAUUUAAAGAGGGAGAUGAAUGGAAUUGUUUCUUUGGCUAUAAAAUUUAUCCUACUCUUCAGUGUCCUGUUUUUGUGGUGCAAUGGCUCUUUGAUGAAGCCCAGCUCACUGUGGACAAUGUACAUUUGACUGGCCAGCCAGUACAGGAAGGACAGUGGCUUUACAUCCAGAAUCUGGGUCGUGAGCUGAGAACCACCCUUAAGGAUGUGACUGCCAGCUUUGCUCCAGCUUGUUUGUCUCAUGAGAUCAUCACACGCAAUCAUUGGACAGACAUCCAAGUGAAAGGGACUUCUUUACCCCGUGCUCUGCACUGCUGGGAUCGCAGCCUUCACGACAGCAACAAGAAUGGGAAAGCCCCCUUGAAGGGCUGCCCUAUCCACCUGAUUGAUAGCUGUCCCUGGCCACACUGCAACCCUUCAUGCCCUACCAUCCGGGACCAGUACACAGGGCAAGAGAUGAAUGUGAUCCAGUUUCUUAUGCAUAUGGGCUUUGAUGUCCAGAAGAUGGCCCAGCAGCAGGGCCUGGAGCCCAGUAAACUUCUGGGGAUGCUGAGCAGUGGUAGCUAGGGGAGUUUUCCAUAAAGGAGGACUGAGUGACUGUGGCAAGAGGGAGCCUUUCAGCUCUGCUCUCAAACUUCCUGUCCUCCUUGCCAAUUUUCUUCACAUAAGCAUCUACACAAACACGCAAGUAAACUCAUGCACGCACACUCUUGCACAGUGAAUGUGCCAAGAUGAAACGAACAGAUCCUUGCUUACACCAUUUGAUUGAAACAUUACCUCUGCUUCAGGGGACAGUCUCAGCCAAGCAGAAUCUCUGUCCACAUUGAUUCAUUAACGGUCUGCAGGGAGCAGCAAGUGCAUCAAAGUGCCAGCAUCAAGAAUCCUCUCUAGAGCUAAAAGGACUUCAUACAAACUUUUCACACCACAGACCAACAACUCAUGAUGGAAAAAAGCACUGGAUUAUUUGUCCAAUUGGAAAUGAAGGCAUGAUUACAUGAUUUCCUGGAGGUCAGCAUCUCAUGAUGUAACAUAACGUACAAACCAAGCACACCGGCUAGAAAUGGACUUAUCUUGUACUCAAUUUAUUUUGUAUUAUUUUAUAAAAUGAUUUUUAUUACUUAAUUUUUAAAGAAAUAAGCAAGAAAUAUAUGAUUAAUGAUAUUGUUUUGUAACAUAUUUUUUUAAGUAAUGAAAAAAAACCCACCUUGUGCUACUAUGGCAAUGUGAAAAUAUUUAUUUUAAUAUGUAAAUGCUAUUUAUAAGGGCUGACCCAAGAUUUGCUCACAUGUUGUAAAUACUUCUCCUUUGGAAAGGUUUUUCCUUCUGGUCACAUAUGUGUGGGAGAGGGCAAGGGUCAGCCUUGGCAUUAUUAUAAUUGUUAUUAGAUCCUCAUGACUUGCAGUCUGCUUCUUGUUUCUUUUUAUUUGUGGAAUGGGAAAAAUACCAAGCACAAUCACAGUAAAGAGCUUUUAUUCUUCCUG